CGAACGAGCUCUCACCCCGCCACACGUCCGGCCCACCCCUGCCCGUGGACGUCGCCUCCUGAAACUUAACUCAGUCGAACGGAACAGGUAUUGGCCAUGUCCCUCAGACGUCUCGCGAUCGCUGCGUUCUCCCUCUCCGCGGGCGUGUCGUCCGUCCGCGCCGAGCCCGUUCAGAAGGCCAGCCUUACAGUGCCAAGCAACUAUACUGGCAACCUCGACACCAUUAAGCAGAUCUUCAACACCACCUACGCGGCAUACCUGCAAUACGCGUUCCCGAGGGACGAGCUGCUGCCCCUCACCAAGAACGGAACGGACGAUCUGUUCGGAUGGAGCGCGACGAUUGCUGAUGGCUUGGACACGAUGUGGAUCCUGGGCUAUACGGACCUGUUCGAGCAGGGCGUCGACCAGAUUGCCAAGACUAACUUCAACGUCUCGGCGGGUGAGCAGGUCGGUGGGCUUCCGGGGGACCAGGCUUACCUCUUCGAUGCCACCAUCCGGUACAUUGCUGGCUUCCUGAGCGCAUACGAGCUCAGUGGGCAGAAGUAUCCUGUGCUUGUGGAGAAGGCCAAGGAAAUUGCCGACAACAUGGCAUAUGCUUGGGUUGACGGUAACAAGAUGCCAUACAACACCGUGUAUCUCGGUAACCACUCUGUUCAGGUUGACUCGACCAACGUCGCACAAGUUGGCACUCUUACCUUGGAGUGGGGCUUGCUGAGUAACUACACCAACAAUGCCACGUACAGACACCUUGUUGAGGAGUCUGUUCUUUACUUGGCUUCGCUUCCCGAUCCUUUGAAUGGUAUUCCGGCUCAAGCCCUCUGGCCCAAUGGCACCUUUAUCGGUGACUAUGUUACUUGGAGCGGAGGAACCGACAGUUACCUUGAAUAUCUGAUCAAAUACGCUCGCCUCACGAACACGGACGAUAAUACUUAUGCGGAUACCUGGGCAACUGCCGUCGAUUCGUCCAUUGACAAGCUUCUCAAGAGGUCGACCGUGGACAACUGGCUCUAUCUUGCGGACUACACGAACAAGACAAUCCUUCAUGUUGGUUCGCAUCUGGGGUGCUUCUACGGCGGUAACUGGAUCCUUGGCGGAAAGAUGCUGAACAACGACACGAUCUACAACUACGGUCUCGAGCUCACUGAUGCUUGCUUUAACACCUACUACGGCACUGCAACCGGAAUCGGCCCUGAGACGUUCGCCUACAUCUCAAGCGACGGCAAUUACACGGGCAGCAACAUCACCGCGCAGGAGGUCGCGUUCUACAACGAGCACGGGUACUACGUGACCGACCCAGGGUACUACCAGCGGCCCGAGGUGCUCGAGUCGAACUUCUACGCGUGGCGCGCGACGGGCGACACCAAGUACCUCGACAACGCCGUCGAGGCGCUGAACGCGUUCCAGAAGUACCUCCCGAGCACCGUGGGUUGGGCGUGCCUGAACAAUGUGACGGACGUGCACGGGACCCAGUACAAUGAGCAGGAGGCGUACUUUUUCGCGGAGGUGCUGAAGUAUCUGUAUUUGACGUUUGACGAUCCGAGCAACAUCUCGAUUGACGAAUACGUGUUCAACACGGAGUGUCAUCCGUUCAAGGCGCCCGCUGCCAAGUCGCAGUACGGGUCGGGCAAGCUGAACGCGCCGUCGCAGCAGCCGUUCGAGACGACCUCUGGGCCUAUUCCCGAGGUCUCGAGCAGUCAUAAUUGAACCGGGCUAUCUUGGAGCUAGUUUUCUGUGAUCAUACUACGUUGUACUUGGAGGUCCAAGGGCGAUACGGUGCUAAGGGGUUCUGAGACCGGACUCACUGGAGAUCUUGGACUACUUUUGGGGAUCACUCAUAGUAGACGGUUAUCCUUAUUCAAUCUUAUCUUCCUUGAUAACAGUAGAAUGUUGUGUGCGAGUUGUGUACCCAGUGCCGUCGUCUCGUUCUCGUCUCGUUCUCAUCCUUUGCAAGCGGCCCCGAAUCCAAUUGUCUCGAUUGGCGAGCGGCGUCUUCAGAGGGGAGAAA